AUCAGUACUGGUACGAGUCUCUCCACGAAAACAACACAAAAUGUUGAACGUGUUUUUGAUAACCAGCCUGUUUUAUGCUGCGAGUGGCACCACCUAUGUGACCACCAAUAGUCACAUAGAGAUGCCCAUAUACCAGAAGCGUCCUUUGAGCGAGCAAAUGGAGAUGAUUGAUAUCCUGGAUUUGGGUGACCGGCCGAGACGACAGGCGGAGCCCAAUCUCCACAAUUCAGCCUCCAAAUUCCUGCUCGAAGUUUACAACGAGAUUAGCGAGGACCAAGAGCCCAAAGAGGUCCUGCAUCAGCGCCACAAGCGCUCGCUGGACGAUGACAUACUGAUUUCAAACGAGGAUCGACAGGAGAUUGCCAGUUGCAACAGCAUCCUUACCUUUUCCAGCCGCUUGAAACCCGAGGAACUGGGCAACGAGCUUGAUAUGCACAUUACCUUCAAUACCAACGAUGUGCCAGUGGAUUUGAGUUUGGUUCAGGCCAUGCUCAGGAUAUACAAGCAGCCCAGUCUGGUGGACAGAAGGGAGAACUUCACCGUGUCCGUGUACCGAAAACUGGACAAUCGCCAGGACUUCUCGUAUCGCAUUCUGGGCUCUGUAAAUACUACGAGCAGCCAACGCGGCUGGUUGGAAUUCAAUUUGACAGAAACUCUGAGGUCUUGGUUACUCAAUAAGGGACUCCAACGGCGAAAUGAGCUGAGGAUAUCAAUUGGCGACUCCCAACUGAGCACCUUUGCAGCUGGAUUGGUGACUCCACAGGCCAGCCGCUCUAAUUUGGAGCCCUUUAUUGUCGGCUAUUUCAACGGCCCCGAGCUGUUGGUCAAAGUACAGAAACUUCGCUUCAAGAGGGAUCUGGAGAAGCGCAGGACAGGUGGUUCCGCACCACCACCUCCUCCACCACCCGUGGAUCUAUACAGACCUCCGCAGUCCUGCGAGCGCCUCAACUUCACCGUGGAUUUCAAGGAGCUGCAUAUGCACAACUGGGUGAUAGCGCCCAAAAAGUUCGAGGCCUAUUUCUGCGGCGGCGGUUGCAACUUCCCGCUGGGCACCAAAAUGAAUGCCACCAACCACGCCAUCGUCCAAACGCUGAUGCACCUGAAGCAGCCGCAUUUGCCCAAACCAUGCUGCGUGCCCACGAUUUUGGGAGCCAUUACCAUUCUGAGGUAUCUGAAUGAGGACAUCAUCGACCUGACCAAAUACCAAAAGGCGGUGGCCAAGGAGUGUGGCUGUCACUAGAUUCGGUUGCCUAUUUCGAUUGUGAUGUACAUAUUAAUUUUAUGGUAAUAAGUUUAAUUAGAGAAAAUAAACAUAAAAUUCUUGUAAGACUGAACUAUUUGAGUUUCUAUAAUAUUAGUGUUAAGCCUUGUUGGCUUAUCAACUGUUUGAAAAUGCUUAGAAUUAUUAAGCCUUUAAGAAAGGGCCAUCAAUGCUUAAAUAUGUUACUAACACUGUCCAUAAAACUGAAGACUCAACUAGUUCCUUCACUUAGAAGAACCCAUGCUGAUUUGAAUAUUGUGGCGUAAGCUUGUACGCUUAUUUACAAAACCUUUACUUGUUACGCUCUUUUAUGACCGCCUUUGGUAAUGGACAACG